AUGUUACAUGAUACUGUUUGGUCUUCUCAAAAUACUGAUUAUUCAACUAAUGAACGAUCGGCUCACUCCGUAUCUCAGCCGAUAGCCAUGCCUGGCCGAGUACAAAACGAUAUAUCUUAUCAAGAUAAUAAUAGUGCCGUAUUUUCACCCAAAUCAACAGAUCCAGCUAAUCUUGGCUUUAAUAUGUGUAUCAAUAUACUGGAAGAUAGUUCGCCAAGAGUAAAAGACAUUGAAACUCGAAUGAAAAAUAUGAAAGUUGCUUAUAAUGACAGUGACAAUCAAAAACCGGAUAGUCCAAGUGGUUUUCGCGAUGAUAAAUCGGAUGAUACUGCAGCUGAUAGUGCUCUAACAGACUCAAGUCGUAAACAAUCACCUCGUUCAUCUCCUGUUGAUUCACACGGUGGUGAUUGCAAUAACGCCGGUGGGCAAAAUGGUGAAUCUAUGUCUAAUCAGAUGAUGAAUGUGCAGAUGACAGCAGCAAUGCCAAUUCACUAUGUAAAACAACAACAAAUGCAUCAACAUUUGCUUCAACAACAACAACAACAACAAUUGCAAUCUGAACAUGCACAACAUCCUGUAAAUUUAUUACACGCACAGCAGUACUUAGCCGAACAGCAACAACAACAACAACAACAGAAUCAAGCCGCAGCACAACAACAAUAUCUUCAAGCUCACCUUCAACAUAUUUCUCAGCCAAUGUAUGCUGAGCAAACAAAUCAAUACGAUCCAAGGACAACAAAUUCACAACAAGGUUUUCAGCUAGAUUAUACCUUGAUUCAACCGCAUUCGUACGAAUCUCAAUCUGUUAUGAGUGCAUUUAAUCCAUUACAACCACCCGCCACAUCGUCGUCUGGCACAGGUCAAGAUCCAAAUAUAAAUUUAAACAUUUAUCCGUGGCAAGCACAAGCUGCUGCGCUUGCUGCUGUGCAACAACAGCAGACUCAACAGCAAUCAUACAAUACAUCAGCAAAUCAGUACAUUCUCAAUGGAGGAGGACAAGAUAAUGGUUAUUUACCAGCACUUGCUGCUGCGAAUUUUCACCAGCAACAGAUGUUACCACAAUUUUGGGGUUUACCGUUGAUGUACCCGACGAACAUGGUACAACAACCAUCAGCACAACAACCAGGACAAGCAGCUGGUAACCUGCAACAAUCGCCACAAACGAAACAGCCAAAUCGACCAAUGACACCGUCAAAUCAAAGUGACGGUAUGUCGAUUUUAAGUACAUCACAACCAAAUCAAGCAACACAAUAUAUUAAUGUGGCUAGAACAGGUCAAACAUCAGCUUUUCCGUUCUAUACUGCUUCGCCAACGUAUUUGGAUCCAAACUUAAUACUUCAAAGUCCAAGACAACAAGUUGGCUCGCCUGGUGUAAGAAUAUAUUCUCAACAAGUGACCGUCCCAGGCAAUAAUACAACUGGCGUUUACGGAAGUCCAGUGCCAAAUUCUCUUGCAAGUUCAUUUAGUGAGGUUUUUACUGCAAAUCAACGACGUGAUGCCUCUGAGUUUUCUCGGCCCAAAACCCAAAUGUAUCAUGGUGGAGUUGGUCUUGGUUUACCUCCGUCACCUGCGUUUACUGGCUUAAUGACAUCAAUGACGCCACCACCGGCCACUAACGUUUACGAAGGUUUUUUUAAUAAUGGGAGCCGUUUUAUGCAAGCGCCGCCACCACAGCAAGUCGGUCCACAACAACAACAACCACAGAUGUUGAACGGUGAUGCCUACGUUCCCGUGCAAGGUGGUCGACGUAAUACGGGUGGAGAAAUGAAUGCACCGCUUCAAAAUUAUUACGCUGCUGGUGUAUUUGGUACUGGAAGUCGUGGAAAUGGAAACAACGGUCUUGGAGGACGAGAAGGAUCUGCUGCACAUUCAAAAUUACUAGAUGAUUUUCGCAAUAGUCGAAUGCCAAAUCUACAAUUGCGAGAUGUCAUAGGUUAUUUUGCAGAAUUUUCGAUGGAUCAACAUGGAUCCAGAUUUAUUCAGCAGAAACUUGAACGCGCUACACCACAAGAAAAAGAUUUGGUUUUUAAAGAGAUAUUGUCACAAUCAUAUCAGUUAAUGACAGAUAAAUUUUUUGAAUUUGGAUCAAAUGAACAUAAACAAUAUUUGGCGCAACGUAUUCGCGGUAAUGUGUUAACAUUAUCAUUACAAAUGUAUGGUUGUCGUGUUAUUCAAAAGGCCGUUGAGAGUUUGUCACAAGAAUAUCAAACAGAUAUUGCACAUGAGCUGGAAGGAAAUAUUAUUAAGUGUAUCGAGGAUCAAAAUGGCAAUCAUGUUAUACAAAAAUGUAUUGAAUGUAUUAACAGUGAAGAUGUUGAGUUUAUUAUUAAAGAUGUCACACGUCAAGUUUUUCAAUUAUCGGCGCAUCCAUACGGUUGUCGAGUCAUUCAACGCAUAUUAGAAAACUGUAAAGAAUCACAAACACGAGCCAUUUUAGAAAUAUUACAUGAUCAGUUAGAAUCACUUAUUCAAGAUCAAUAUGGUAAUUAUGUUAUUCAACAUGUGCUUGAACAUGGCAAAACAGAAGACCGAAGUCGAAUUGUUAAUGCUUUAAGGGGUAAAGUGUUGGUAUUAGCACAGCAUAAAUUUGCUAGUAACGUGAUUGAAAAAUGCGUGACAUAUGCAACACGUCAAGAAAAAUCGAUGUUGAUUGAUGAAAUUGUGUCGUACGGCGAAGGUGCAUCAUCAGCUCUAUUGACAAUGAUGAAAGAUCAAUUUGCCAAUUAUGUAAUACAGAAAAUGAUCGAUGUUGCUGAACCGAAUCAACGCAAAUUACUGUUGCAAAAAGUGCGUCCACACAUUCAGUCUUUAAGAAAAUUUACUUACGGUAAACAUAUCAUAACAAAGUUAGAAAAAUAUGUUAGUAAAAGUUCCGAUCUCGGUGGACCGUUACUAUCCGUUCAACAACAACAACAACAUCAGCAACAAAGUUCAAACGGAAGUGGUGGAUUACAUUUUGAAAAUUAG